AAUUAGAGCCCCCCUCCCUUUGUCUCAUUAACUUCAUACUGGAGAGUGAAUACUCCCCCCAGGCUCGAGAACUGGCGCUAGAGGAGCUAAGCCUGCCUGGGGGCGGCACUGGGCUGGGCAGCAGCACAGGUUUGAGCGAGGCAGGGCCUGAGGGGCGGCAGUGGGUGAGGAAGCCGAGCCCGCAGGGGUGAGUGACCGCACUGAGCGGGACGUGGGCGGGGAGCUGGGCCUGAGCGGCAGGCGGAACCUUUGCGUGACGGGAAGAAGAGCCUGGGGCUCGUGUUCCCGACCGGGGCGGCUUCAUCACCGGACCGGGAGCUGCCACGUCUGAGAUCCGCCGGCAGCAGCCGCAGGAACCCGGCCCGGCCCGCUGCCGCCAUGGUGUCAGUAAUUAACACUGUGGAUACCUCUCAUGAGGACAUGAUUCAUGAUGCUCAGAUGGAUUAUUAUGGUACUCGAUUAGCAACCUGCUCCUCUGACAGAUCUGUAAAAAUCUUUGAUGUAAGGAAUGGAGGGCAGAUCCUCAUAGCUGACCUGAGAGGCCAUGAAGGUCCUGUGUGGCAAGUUGCCUGGGCUCACCCCAUGUAUGGAAAUAUUCUGGCCUCGUGUUCCUACGACAGGAAAGUUAUUGUCUGGAAGGAAGAAAAUGGCACUUGGGAAAAGACAUAUGAAUACACUGGGCAUGACUCCUCGGUGAAUUCCGUCUGCUGGGCACCACAUGACUAUGGCUUGAUCCUGGCCUGCGGGAGCUCUGAUGGGGCCAUUUCAUUGUUGAGCUACACAGGCGAUGGGCAGUGGGAAAUCAAAAAGAUCAGCAAUGCACAUACUAUCGGCUGUAAUGCUGUUAGCUGGGCCCCUGCAGUUGUACCAGGAAGCCUUAUUGACCAGCCAUCUGGCCAAAAACCAAAUUACAUCAAAAGAUUCGCAUCGGGUGGCUGUGACAACCUCAUCAAGAUUUGGAAAGAGGAAGAUGCCCAGUGGAAGGAAGAACAGAAGCUGGAGGCUCACAGUGACUGGGUCCGAGAUGUAGCCUGGGCUCCCUCCAUAGGUUUGCCAACAAGUACCAUUGCCAGCUGUUCACAGGAUGGCAGAGUGUUCAUCUGGACAUGCGACGAUGCGUCUGGAAAUUCAUGGACACCAAAAUUGCUGCACAAGUUCAAUGAUGUAGUCUGGCAUGUUAGCUGGUCUAUUACUGCAAACAUUCUUGCUGUGUCAGGAGGAGACAAUAAAGUCACUUUGUGGAAGGAAUCAGUAGACGGACUAUGGGUGUGCAUCAGCGAUGUCAAUAAGGGCCAAGGAGCAGUGUCUGCUAUUACAGAGGGUCAGCAGAAUGAACAGUGACAGAUGGAUUUAAUAACACACUAGUUGCAACGCAAGGAGAUUAAUCACUUAAAAUGAUUUAUAUGACCCUUCUAGAUAUAGGAAAAUCUGAUGAACACCCUGUAACCAUUUAUGGUAAAAGCUACAAACACAGUAUUGAUCAUCAGCCUUAAUGUGAGUUUUCUGAAAUUGAAGAUGAACUAUACAGCAAAAUACUGUCUCCUGUGCUGUUCCUUUCUGACGUGUAUUCAGAACCUCCCUUCCCCUGCAUGAGCACGGUCUGACUUGCUCUUUUGGCUGGAGGACUUUGGCUGACUAAACUGAGGACAUGACAGAUAAGUCCUGAAACUUGAGCUGUGCCUUUCCUGGUGGAAAGGAGCCUCUGACCAAGGCCCAAUAUCCCCUUCUUCAGAGGAGGCUGGGAGAGCUUUCAGCUUGAGCUGUGCUCUCACCACUCAAGUACUGUAAAGACUUGCCAGAGUCCUUCACCAAAAGAGAAUCAGAUCCUGAUCUCUAGUGAAAACAACUUGGGGGUAAGAUGGACAGCACAGAGACUACCUUCAUAUGCAAAGGAGCAGUGAAGUGUACAAAGGUAUUGCUUUAUAAUUUGCCUUUAAAUUAGGCUGAAAGCUCUUAUUUAAAAAUUUCCCAAAUCUUCAAAGCUAUUAAUUUUAAACUAUUUCUCUUUUAGACACUUUUGUGUAUUGUACCUCAGGUGUUUUUUUGGUUUAAAUAAAAAUGGAAUAAAGUCCUAUUGGUUACAA